AUGGGUGGUGGUGGUGACGGUGGAGGGAGAAGUAAACCAGAGCCGAAAGAACAGCUUUGUCCCUGCAGGCCCUUAGAGUCUGAAAUGUUGGAGAAACAGCUAGAGAUUGUGAAUGCUACCAUCUCUCCUCCCUCCUACAGCAAACUAUAUGGAAAUGGAUUUGAAGAAGUACAAAGUCAUGCGUUCAAUGGGACGACGCUAAUUUCACUGGAGCUCAAAGAAAACGUUCGCCUGCAGAAGAUGCACAAUGGUGCCUUCCAAGGGGCCACAGGGCCCAGCGUCUUGGAUAUUUCUUCCACCAAAUUGCAGGCACUGCCGAGCUAUGGGCUGGAGUCCAUUCAGACACUAAUUGCUACGUCAUCCUAUUCGCUAAAAAAAUUGCCAUCAAGAGAAAAAUUUACCAAUCUCCUGGAUGCCACAUUGACUUACCCUAGCCACUGCUGUGCUUUUAGGAAUGUGCCAAAGAAAGAACAGAAUUUUUCAUUUUCCAUUUUUGAAUACUUUUCCAAACAAUGUGAAAGCACAGUAAGAAAACCAAAUAAUGAAACACUUUAUUCUGCCAUCUUUGCUGAGAGUGAAGUAAGUGGCUGGGACUAUGAUUACGGUUUCUGCUCACCCAAGACACUCCGAUGUGCUCCUGAACCUGAUGCUUUCAAUCCCUGUGAAGAUAUUAUGGGCUAUGACUUCCUUAGGGUUCUGAUUUGGCUGAUUAAUAUCCUAGCCAUCUUGGGAAACAUGACUGUCCUCUUGGUUCUCCUGACAAGUCGUUAUAAACUGACAGUGCCCCGUUUUCUUAUGUGCAAUCUCUCCUUUGCAGACUUCUGCAUGGGGCUCUAUCUGCUACUCAUUGCCUCAGUUGAUUCCCAAACAAAAGGCCAAUAUUACAACCAUGCCAUAGACUGGCAGACAGGGAGUGGUUGUAGUGCUGCUGGCUUUUUCACUGUAUUCGCAAGUGAACUUUCUGUCUACACCCUUACAGUCAUCACUCUAGAAAGAUGGCACACCAUCACCUAUGCUAUUCAGCUGGAUCAAAAGCUUCGACUGAGACAUGCCAUUCCAAUUAUGCUGGGAGGAUGGCUCUUUUCUACUCUGAUUGCUAUGUUGCCUCUUGUGGGUGUCAGCAGUUACAUGAAGGUCAGCAUUUGCCUCCCCAUGGAUGUGGAAACCACUCUCUCACAAGUCUACAUAUUAACCAUCCUGAUACUCAAUGUGGUAGCCUUCAUCAUCAUUUGUGCUUGCUACAGCAAAAUUUAUUUUGCAGUUCAAAAUCCAGAGCUGAUGGCUACCAACAAAGACACAAAGAUUGCUAAGAAAAUGGCCAUCCUCAUCUUCACUGACUUUACCUGCAUGGCCCCAAUCUCUUUUUUUGCUAUCUCAGCUGCCUUCAAAGUGCCCCUUAUCACAGUAACCAACUCCAAAGUUUUACUGGUUCUUUUUUAUCCUGUCAACUCUUGUGCCAAUCCAUUUCUGUAUGCAAUUUUCACAAAGGCAUUCCAAAGAGAUUUCUUCCUGUUGCUGAGCAAAUUUGGCUGUUGUAAACAUCGGGCUGAACUUUAUAAAAGAAGGGAAUUUUCUGCUUAUACCUCCAACUGCAAAAAUGGCUUCACAGGAUCAAAUAAGCCUUCUCCAUCCAGCUUGAAACUGUCCACAUUGCAUUGUCAAUAUUCAGCUGUCCUAGACAAGGCUUGCUGCCAAGAAUGUUAGCUAUUGUAUCAGUAACUGUAUUAUUGAAUUAUACUUAAAUCUGUAAAAAAAAAAAUUACCUGAACCAGUAACUUUAAAGACUUGGUUUUAUGAAAUUAUUUUUAGGCUCACUGGGGAAGAUACUUUUACCUAGCUCAAAGUGUGUUCCAUGACCAUUGUUAGUCUGUCAUUGGUACAUGAUGACAUAAAAUUUGUAAGAGAGCAUUUAAAAAUUUUUGGAA